AUGAGUAAUUUUGAUGUAUCCGAAUAUCUUAUUAACAACAUUGAUAAAAGUAAUAAAACAAUGGUAAUUUUGAGAAAUAAAGAAUAUUUAUCAUUAUCAACGUGUCAUAUUGAUAAUAAGAAAUUAUUUGUUUAUCUGGACGAAGUUCAUACUCGUGGAUCUGAUUUGAAACUAUCAUUAAUUGCGCAUAGCAUUGUAACACUUGGAAGGAAUAUGAAUAAAGAUAAACUUAUGCAAGCAGUUAUGCGUCUUCGUGAUCUCGAUUUUAAGCAAUUAAUUGUAAUAUGA